UCUCAAGGGGAGAUUUCAAAGCAGCCAUGAUAUAUAAAAAUUCUUCCAGAACUCAAAAAGGCAGAUCUCAAAAAGUGGAUAAGACAUCUUUUCAGAGGCCCAAUACUGAGGAGCUCUGUCCUGUGAUUGAAUCCAGAUCAGCUCAAGUUAAAUUGUUACAGGAGGUUUCUAUGGAGCAGGUGAAUGUGCCCAAUGUGGAGUGCCAUAACCAGAGUGAAACCCUCAAUAAAUCAGCUGCAAGUGCUGCCACGGAGGAAAACAAAAGACCAAUUGUUUCAAAACCAGCCAUCCCACCUAAACCAAAGCAUCUGAAAAAGAAACAAAGAGAUAGUCAAUCAAGCGACACAAAAGAAUUUGAGUCAAACCAAACAGACAUUUUAAGAUCUGAAACUAAACUGCAAUCUCAAGAAAAAACUGUAGGCAAGGAUGAAGAUGUGUCAACCAAGAACCAACCAAAUAAAAUAAAUGCCACACCUAAAGUGAUAACCCCCGAGGAAAGAAACCAGGCCAAAGACACAAUGAAUGAAACAGAUGAGAGUCAUGUAGAUUUCAGUGAAGCGUGCCAAAAAUUUGGAGGUAAGAAGUCUUCGUCUAUAAAAAAUGCCCCUGUGAAGCCAAAACGGGUCAAACUCGCCCACCCCGACAACAAAAACCCAAAAGAUACAAUUGAAGCUAACAAAUCCACCAUUCUUUCACAUAUGGAUUCUAAACCACAGCAAACUGUUACUGAUCCAUGUCACGCUGGCACACAAACCGUUGAUGGCAAAGACCGGCACGAGACUGGGGGACAAAUUAAACAAGAAAGUAAAGUUGAGAUGAGAGAAAAGAGAGCGCGAACCGAGACAGAGGACGAGUGCCGGCAGCGUUUGUCAGUUCACAUGGACGACAUCAUGAGAGGGAACAUAACAGCAGCCAUGGAAAUUUUUGAUAACUUGCAAAAGCAGGAGGAGCUGCAGAACAUUCUGAGUCGCGUUGAAGAGAUUGAGCAAGACACGAGCGAGGUGGAUGUGAGAUCUAUGAGGAGGGUGUUUGAGAACGUGCCAGAGUGGGUCGUCACCUCCAACGACAAGAAACAAAAAAAGCUAGAAGUGGAACACAGAGAGGAGACGUCACCAUUGAUGGACAACCCUCAAAGCAAGUCAUCGAUGGCACAUAUUUUUGGUGAUCUUGAAAGAGCCAGUGAGGAAAUUAUGAAUCUGAAAGAGCAGACCUUAGCCAAACUUAUAGACAUAGAAGAAGCCAUAAAGAAGGCUCUUUGCUCUGUCUCGACAUUGAAAUCUGACUCAGAUAUUGCUGGUUUAUCGUGCUUGUUCAAAGAGUCCUUGGGUACGAUGAAAGAAGCUCCAUCUUCUGAAAAUAUUAGUAAAAUUAGUAUUGGGUCAUGCAGAACAAAAUCACAGGAAAGCCCUACCACAAAGGGAAACAUGGCUAGACAAGGUGCGGCCACUGAAGUAGCCUCUGCAAAGCAACCACCAAGUCCCCCAUCUUCACCUGCCUUCAUCUCCAUAGAGUCUGGCAUUAAAAAAAUGGAUAAAACAGAUACGGCACAGCCAGAGUCCGCAAUUUGUCCCAUGUGUCAGCACAGCCCAAAGACGGAAGAGAAAUUCCGCACAACAAAGACCCUGACGUGCCACAGCCCAGCUCAAAAAGAAGGUCAAAAACAAUCCACCUACAGUCCAGUUCACCCCAAACGAGAGUGCAGCGUGCUCGAGGUGCAAAACGACCAAGAGGGGAAUCCCAUUGUAGGAACCAAAACAGUCACACAAAACUAUGAGCGUUCAGAUCACAUUGGUAAUCGGUUUUACUCGUCCAAAACGGUUGUCACCACGCAACCAGAAACCAUGCUAACAGCCACGAGUCCAACAUCUGUCAGUGCGGCGACACAUCAGGUCACAACAUACCCAGAAGUCCACCUGCCAGUCAACCGUAAUACUAAGAUGGUUUAGCUGUAGUUAUUGAGUGGCUAAAUUUGGACUUUUUUUAGAUUAUCAGUGACAAAUUGUCUAUAUUUAGCUUUUUUUGUUUAUACAUAAAAAGGUUGCCAUUGCAGUACAUGUUUUAAUGUUUGACUAGUUUUUUUUUGUAUUCUUGAAACGUACAUUUGAAAUUAAACACACUUUUUGGUUUUGA